CACUGUUCUCGUCCAGUUAACACAUUCUAGCGAUUGGGGAAGCCGCUGGGAGGAUCCUAUCCAUCGAGUCGCGUAGGUAUGUACAAACGAACCGACUGUGCUCGAGAGUAAGGGAGAGAUGGCGGAGGGGCAAAAACCCAGUUCGGCGACGGAGCAUCCCCCGAAGCCUACUAAGACGGCGCCGCCUCCGCCGCCCAUGUCGGCGUCCUGGACUUCCGGCGGGGAGGCGGGGGCGAGAAGCGCGCCCCACUACCCCAACCCUCCGGACCCGGUGAACCCGGACGCUGCGACGCUGCGGGACCAGUGGCGGUUCGCAAUCCGGCAGUACAGCCGGUGGUAUUCCCACGCUUGGGGCACCGCCAUCCUCGCCGGCAUCUCCUUCUUCGCCCUCGGAUGGCUCAUUAAGGGCUCCAACCCUCUCCCCUCCCGCGGAACCGCCGACCACGCCGACGACCAGCCCCCCUCCGCCGCCGCCGCCGCCACCGACAGAGAUAUACAUGGCGCAUCAUCUGUGGUAUAGAAUGGUUUCACAGCUUUUGCUGAAGCAGAACCUAUUUUAAUCUCCAGAGAACUAGCCUGUGCUGCUGCGUGCCCAAAAAAUCUGCUUUAAUCUCCAGAGAACUAGCUUUUGCUGCUGCAUGCCUGAAAAGCUUAGGCCUGCUGGAUGAUCUUAUACCUUCCUUUUUUCGGUAGAAAAUAAUAUGAACAUUGUUUUCUGCAUUGUUAGAUAAGCUUUCGAUCCACAAGAAAAUCUAAACCUUAACUAAUGGUUCCACCACCUGCCUUCCAUUGUGUAUCUCGGGACCUCUUCCAAUCCGCAUGCGAUCGUGUGUGAAAGCCAAUAUCACUGGUGUCAUAUCUUUUGAUGGACGGUGUCAAUGUAACAUGUCAUUUAUCAAUUGGGUAAACAUUAUGCUACAGUGAAACUCGUGUCAAAUAAUGAUUAUACAUUGAUCC